AUGGCACCGCUCAAGGGACCGGGUGAGGCCCGCAAGUACGACGGCUCGGGCCUCCGUGUUGGCAUCGUCCACGCUCGCUGGAACAGCAAGAUCAUCGGCUCGCUGCUGGACGGCGUGAAGAAAUCGCUCGCCGCCGGUGGCGUCAAGGACGAGAACAUCGUCAUCCAGACCGUGCCAGGCAGCUACGAACUGCCCUUUGCCGUGCAGCGGAUGUACGCUUCCUCGCAGAUCCAGUCCUCCUCCUCCGGCGGCGCCGGCGGCCUCGUCCAAUCCGCCACGGACCUGCUCUCGUCGUCGUCGGCAACCGACCUGACGAGCCUGGGCACGGCCGUGGCCGGCAGCAAGCCCAGCGGCGCGUCCACGGCGCCGUUCGACGCGAUAAUCGCCAUCGGCGUGCUCAUCAAGGGCGAGACGAUGCACUUUGAGUACAUUGCGGACGCCGUGAGCCACGGCUUGAUGCGCACGCAGCUGGAUGCCAACGUGCCCGUCGUGUUCGGCUUGCUGACCGUCUUGACCGAGGAGCAGGGGCUGCAUCGCGCGGGCAUCGCGGGCGAAAAGGGCGACCAGGGACACAACCACGGUUUGGACUGGGGUAGUGCGGCUGUGGAGCUGGGUGUUAAGAGGAGAGGAUGGGCCGAGGGAAAGUUUGAUGAUUAG